AUGAGUCUUGAAGGUUAAAUUAUAGCUUCUGGUGGCCAUGAAGAAGCUGCUGGAGGUCAUCACGGUGGUGGAGACUGUAUGACAGAUCACGAAUAACCAUAUCUUAUCUUAUUCGUAAUUAUGGGUUUAGCUUUGGGAGGUCUCCUUAGAUAGCUAAAUAGAAAAACUGGUCUUCCAUACACUCCUAUGCUUAUUGUUGUAGGUAUUAUAGUCGGAUGCUACAGAGGUUCAUUUGGUCUUAUAGGUAGUAGUGCUGAACUUAUGAGUCAUAUUAACCCUCACAUGAUUUUGUUCAUUUUCAUUCCCGUCCUCAUUUUCGAAUCUGGUUUCAAUUGCGAUUGGUAUGUUUUCAAAAGAGCUUUGGUUAACAUUCUCAUUUUAGCCGGUCCUGGUGUGUUAGUUGGUGCAUUUAUGCUUGGUUUUUGCUUGAAAUCAAUUUUAGGUUAUGAUGAAGAUUUAACCUGGAAUGGUGCUUUCACUAUGGGUGCUAUUCUUUGUGCCACCGAUCCCGUCGCUGUCGUUGCUUUGCUUAAAGAACUAGGUGCCUCUGUUAGAUUCAACACACUUAUCGAAGGUGAAUCCUUGCUUAAUGAUGGUACUGCAAUGGUCUUCUUCUUAGUCUUCUUCGGUAUGGAAAAGGGUGAAGAAAGUACACCUGUUAGUGUUACCCUUAACUUCCUCAGACUUGCUGGUGGUGGUCCAGCCCUCGGUUUCAUCUGUGGUAUGGUUGGUUCUUUCUGGUUAAGAAGAAUUAUUCGUGAUGACGUACUUACCUCAACAGUAACUUUCAUCACCUGCUACUUCUGUUUCUACUUCGCCGAAUUUACCUUCCUUGGUGUUUCUGGUAUCUUGUCUAUUGUCGUUCUCGGUCUAUUUAUGAGUGCUCAUGGUAGAACCAAAAUCUAUCCUGAAAGUGAACAUUCAGUACACACUGUUUGGUCUUUUGUCUAAUACAGUUGUGAAACUAUUAUCUUCUUGCUUACAGGUGUUAUUGUUGGUAAGGAAAUGGUUUCUCAAUCUACUAUUGAAUUUAUGGAUUGGGUUAAGUUACCAAUUUUCUGGGUUUUGAUGAUGAUUGCUCGUGCACUCAUGGUCUUUAUGUUCCUUCCUUGCUUGAAGUAUUUCGGUUAUGGUAUUAAUAAAGCUGAAAUGUGGGUUCUUAUUUGGGGUGGUUUAAGAGGAGCUCUUGGUUUAACUCUUGCAUUAAUUGUUGCUGUCGAUACCGACCUUUAAGAUGAAGUAAAAUUCCCACUCGGUAGAAGAUUGAGAUAAUUAACCAUCUUCUAUAUGUCUGGUGUUGCAACUAUGACUCUAUUAGUCAACGGUACAACUUGUGGUGCUUUAGUUAGAUACUUGUAAAUGAUUGAAGUUCCUCAAAUUAGAGCCAGAGUUGUUAAAAACUCCAAAAGAAAUUUAUCAAAUGCAUGCGAUGAUAAGCUCAAGGAAUUAAAAAUGAAUACUUUCUUGAAUCUUGCUGAUUGGGAAAAGGUUGUUGAAAUCUCUGGUUGCAGUGAAAUUAAAAAUGAACUUGUUUCCGGUGCAGAAGGAUAAGCUAGUGGAAGAAGAUCAACAUAUUCCAGCUUCGAUGAAUAAGAAAUUUGCUCAGAAACUCGUUUCAGAUUAUUAAGAACUCUUAAGACUUACGUUUGGGAAGGUUAUGAAUAAGGUUAGAUGGGUCCUGAAGCUGCUUAAUUGCUCAACGAAUGCAUUAAUGUAUCUCUCGAUAACACUAAUCUUCCUCUUGUUGUUUGGAAUAACAUCUAUUCAAACUUCACUGAUUUUGCAACCAUCAGAUUGAUGUUUAGAUUAAAGAACUGGAUCUUAAUUGGUACCAUGGCUAAAAAUUACAUCACACAUCACAUGGCUUUUGUUUAUGAAGUUACCACUGCCUUUAUUACUAGUGCUGAAGAAGCCGAACAUUUACUCCACAACUAUCCUCUUGGAUAAUAAUUCAUUAAUAAGAUUGUAAAUGAAUUGAAAAACCAAGUCAACGAUGCUUACAAAUACAUUUCUGAAUUGUAAAACAAAUUCCCUGAAAUUAUUAAGGCUAUUCACACUAAGCGUGCUGCCUCUGCUUUAUUAGAAACUCAAAAGAAAUUCUUGAACGAAUACAAAAACAAUGGUUAUAUUGAUGAUGGUGACUACAACGAUAUUCGUAAGAAAGUUGAUAUGAGAUGCCUUGAAUUAGAAAACAUGACUUUUAACUGGUAAGAAGUAUCUGAACUCUAAUCCUUCAAUACUUUUGUCCUUCGUUUCCCCAUUUUCUCAUCUCUUCUUCCUGAAGAAAUCCGUCAAUUAGAAAAAUGCCACAAGAGUUUCAAUUUCUAUGCUGGCAAUGAAAUUUAUCAUGAAGGCUAAAAGUUCGAUUACCUCUACGUUAUUACUUAAGGUACAGUAACUGAUGCUUUAAGUGCAAGUGACAAAUCUCAAUACACUAUGAUUAAGGGUAUGGGUGCUUUCCUCAGUUUUGCUAACUGUGUUAAUGAAAAUAACUCUCGUUCUGUUAGUACUGCCGUUGCUGAAACAGACUGUACCUUGUACGGUAUUCCUUUCGCUACCAUUAAGGGUAUCAUGAGUUAAAAUAAGAUCUUCGAAAAGAAGGUUUAUCUCUACUCAAUGAUCUACUUUAUAAGAAUAUUCCCUGAGAAAGCCGGUCCUCUUCGUGGUAUGGAAGAAAACCACCUUAACGAAUACAUAGUCAAAUCUGAAUUCCUUGCUCUCAACGCUCGUUAAAGCUGCAACUUUGAAUUCGGUGGUUAUCUUUUGGUAGGUCAAAUUGAAAACACUGAUUCUGGACAAGAUAAUAUCAUCGAUGAGUUCAGUUACAUUCCUCCUUCAAGCAAAUCAUAUAUAACAUCCAAAAACAGUUAUAUUCUUAAAUUUACUGAAGUCUUAGAACGCAAGCAAUCCAUAAUGGAUGCUCACUUCGAAGAAUAAGGUGUCAAAAAGUUCAAUCAAAAUCUUGUUAGCAGCAGCAAUCAAUAUGUUGCUGAUGAGAGUCAACUUUGA